UUCAGGUUACAACUUACAAGUUUAUCUCGCUCCUUGUCACCUCCUUCACUACACGCCUCAACUCCAUCUUAAUCCCCGACACUCGGUCUGAUACUAUUCAAGCAGCCGCCGGCAUCCAAGUGAUCCAAGAAAGGAAAAUAGGAAGGAUUAUUUGAAAAGUGGACAGGUACGCCAUUCACCUGAGGCAAUCAGCAGCCGAAACUCCCGCAGCGGCAGGUAGCAGCGGCCCACACCCCUCGCGGCCCUCCACCAACCUCCUCCAGCGCCUACGUCGCUCCUUCCAGCAUGCAAGAUUAAUACUGGGAGCCAGCAACCACCGCUGCAGAAGGGGACAUUACUGACGGGGGGGCUGUAGUGCUGCCUGGUGUGGGUGGACAGGGCCUGCGCGAAAUGCUGGAGCCUGACAGCCGUGUAUAAGAGCCUGGCUGGUGCGUAGAGCCACGUGGUGCCCUGGUGGAGCCCCUGACACGUUCCCCGUGCCCCGGUGGAGCCCCUGACCUGGUGUAAUGACCAUCGGGUCACCAUACCCAGGUUGACAGUGGCUGGCAUGCCAGGGCAGUGAUCAGUCCCGACCUGUGCACUGAAAAGGAUAAAUACACCGGUGUCUUAAUGAUACCAUAUAGCGGAAUAUAGUGAUUGAAUUUGAGUAGACGGUUAAAGAAAUCUUUGAAAAGAGAGUGAGUAAUGUGUGAGGAAGAGAGCCAGCAGGUGUGCAGGCGGCGGACGCAACAAUGAUCGCUCCCUCCGCCGGCCGCCCGCGAUCUCCCGCCUCAUGUCUUCCCGCCCGAGACAUCACCGCUCCACACCCCCACACCGCAGCCAGUCCGCGCUAUUGCUCUCGGGAUAACGUCGACGUACUGGGUCGAUGCGUUUGAUACUAGUGAAGGCAAAGGAGAGAGGGAAAGAGAGAGAGAGAGAAGGCGAGGAAGACGGCUGGAGAAGUCGUCUGGGCGGGAAUGUAACGCAGCCAUUUUGUGGGCUGGUCUGUUGUGGACGCCGUCGUCGUGUAAACAACCUUCAAGAUAUUGAAGUAUGUAGGCUCUCUUCUAGUGGCCCGAAUGAUCACUAAGUUCACACGAAACAUUAAAGAAAAAUUCGUGACAGCCCAAGAACCUGUGAAAUUCAAAGACGUUAGAUUUUAGCCCAUGGUCACGUUACCUAUCAGGACAAAAUAAGGUUGUGAAGCUCAGUGAUACUUUAUUGAGAAUAAUAUUAGUCUGUUGUUGUAAGAGACUUAAGGAUAGUCAUUAUCCAUGGCUUUAAGUGAUGGCUUAAGUUUGUGUAAUAUUCAGCCCUAUUCUUCAAGUACAUUUUCCGUUGAUCUCAUCAGAUGGAGCUGUUUGUGUGCCAGAAAUAUACAUAUUGGAAUUUGGUAAAACACCAAAGAUUGAAAAGUAGCAUGAUAAUUUGCAUUUGUUUAGAUUGUCCAACUCGUAUGCUAAGGUAGGAAUCACUCGGUCUUUUCUCUCUCAAGAGACACUUCAAUUAGUGACAACAAAGAAUUUCUGUACUGGUUGGAAGUAUUUUAAGAAGAUACAUAAUUUUUACAACAUUGAAUAACUAACAAGAAACUUUAAAAGGAAAACCAGUCAAGAUAUGGUAUAGAGCAUUUCAACAAUUACAAAAUUUCCAAAAGUGAUCAGAUGGCUGAAGCAUAUAUUAAACAGUAGAGACUGUUGCACUGAAAGCUUGAGUUGUGGACGAACUGUGAAGGAAUAGGGGCUGGAGACCUGAGAAGUGAUGGAUGUGGUGCUGCCGGCUCAUGAAAUAUACAUCAAAGAAGAGCCUCGAGAGGAUUUACAGGUUAAAGUUGAAGCGGACAAUGAUGGCCAAUGCAUCGAGUCUGACAGUCAUGCACGCACUGUGGCCAACGGCCAUGAAGUUGAGGAGAUGCAGCUUGGGGAUGUUACAUCCUCGGAUGAAGAAACGGAGAAGCAGGUUAAAGUUGAAGCGGACAAUGAUGGCCAAUGCAUCGAGUCUGACAGUCAUGCACACACUGUGGCCAACGGCCAUGAAGUUGAGGAGAUGCAGCUUGGUGAUGUUACAUCCUCAGAUGAAGAAACGGAGAAGCAGGAUAUGCUGGAGUGUCGAAUGUGCAAGAAAAAGUACUCUACCACUGCCUCACUUCGAGCUCACCUGAGCAAAAAGCAUCGGAUUGCCUUGGGGACAUGCUACACUUGUUACCUGUGUGGAGCCAUUGGUCAGUCUAAAGCAACUUUGAAACGACACCUUAUUCGAACCCAUGGUGAACAUAGCAUCCAACAGCCAGAACUCCUUAGAAAGUGCCGUCACUGUGGGCAAGGACUAGCAUCACAAGCAGCCCUGUACAAGCACAUCUCGCUAGCUCAUGCUGAGGAACUCGACCAGUACCACCGCUGUCCAAACUGCCCGGCACUAGUCAGGAGUCGUCCUUCGCUGCUCAGGCACUUCAGUAGAAGCCAUCCAGGAAUCAAGUUCCCAGGACAUGAAGUUCAAAGAUGCCCCAAGUGUGACAUUGAGUUCAGGUCACGUACUGCACUCAAGGUUCACUUCAAGGCCAGACACCCAGAGUUAUUACUUCAUAAAUGCAAUAUUUGCACCUCAUCCUUCAAGUAUUUCUACCUUUUGACUCGUCAUAUCAAGGCAUGCCAUGAAAGUAAACCGGCUCCACCACCUAAGCGCCGGUAUAAAUGCGGAGAAUGUGAGAGAGAAUACUGUGCCAAAUCCCGUUUGGAAAAGCACAUAAAUCACGUGCACGCAAAUCCAGAGAGACGAGUCUUCCACUGCACACUCUGCAACUUGACCUUCUCGUCUAGCAGUCGUAGAGUUCGGCAUUACCGAUCAGUACACCGUGACAGAAAUGCACCUCACUGUAGCGAGUGCACAAUGUACUUUGAAACGGUUGAAGAUUUGAACAUUCACAGGCAAGAGCACAAGAUGAACUGUGCAGUGUGCAACAAAUCUUUCCUUCGACGCGAUUCACUACGGGAACAUCUGUUGAUACACAAUGGACCCAAACUUCCUUGUCCAUAUUGCUCCAAGACCUUCACUCAAAACUCUAAUCUCAAAAGACACAUCCGUAUCCACACAGGUGAAAAACCCUACAAGUGUACUUUCUGCAGCAAAAGUUUUGGUGACAAAUCAGCUUGCAACAGUCACAUUCGAGUUCACACAGGAGCCGAGCGUUGCAUGUGCCACUUGUGUGGUGCAUCUUUCUCAAAACGGCAGAAACUCAACUAUCACAUGCGUAAACACACUGGCCAAGGUCUGCUCUACUGUCCUCUUUGUAUCAAACCAACAACAAAUUCUUAUGCACUCAAGAAGCAUAUAGAGACUCAUCAGCAGGCUCUUGUUCCUGUGUUGCUUAGUAUGGGGAUAUCAUCCCAGGUAGAAGACUGUCAUCAGUUGGCUCUAAAAGCAUUACACGACUUGGCGUCUGCUGCGGUACAGAAUAGCUUAGAUAACCAAAUGAGAAACGCACAUUUUUUAGAUUCUGACACGUGUACUGUAAAUGAAUUUAAUGUUGAUCAUGUUCAGUGUGGUGAUGCUGAAAAUGCAGACGUACCGUGUAAACAUAAACAAACUGAUUGUGAAAUAGAACGUGAGAAGUCUUUAAACUCGAAUGUAAAUCAUGAUCAAAGAAACGAAUUAUCUGGUUUGAGAGCAAACAGUGUGACAAGUAAUAAAGAAGACAUCCAAUGUUGCAAAAGUAUUGUAGAAGGAAUAGUUCCUAGCCACAAGUCACUUACAGAUAAUGUUACAUUAUCUGCGGUAGGAAGUCAGCAAGAUGGAGAAUUAGGAGAAACUGCUCUAAAGAAUGUGCUCUCUGGAGAAAGUGACCCACUCGUGGACAUGCAGUGUUGUAAUAUAAAGUGUGAAGAUUCCAUGGACUUAGAAAGUGAAUCUGAAACUGUAGAAAAACUUGAUAAUCAUUCUUGUGUUGCCUCGCCAAAACAUCUCAUUACUUAUGGAAAAAUAAGUAAGAAAACAUCUGCACCAGAGUAUAAUGAACAGAACACCUUGGACUGUGAUAAUCUUGUUAAAUUUAGGGAUAAUGUAUUUUUGAAGAGACAUCUUAAUAAUAAAGAAGACACUUCUUUGAAAAAACAAAAUCAGAAUGAAUUUUUUGAGGAAGGUAGUAACACUUUGGGUAUAUCUAAUGGAAUAUAUGAGGAGCCAGUGGUUGUCUUGACUCGACUACUUGAGGACAUAGUGGAAUCUCAUUGUAGGCAAACAGAGAUUGAUAGCUUCAAACCCACUCUUGGAGACCAGCUGGUAGAGCAGUGUCUUCAGGUAAUAAUGAAUGACGACGUGAAAAGCGAUGUUCCCAAGGAUGAGGGUGAUGACGUGAGUCUCGAUCUCGGUGUGCAUCACAGUUCUGGCCUUCAUGAUUCGGAUAGAUAUUCUGACCAUGGUGUAAAUAGGAUCAUUGACAAUAAACAUAAGAAGCCUUAUACUGUUGGUUCGAUCUCAUGCCAGAAUUAUGUUGGCGUUGAUACAAAUUAUUCGCAUGGCAUUAGAUUAAGGGAUAUGAAAUUUUUUACUUCGUUAAAUUCUGGAAAAUUAUUAGACGACUCAAAGACUAUUAUUUCUAAUAACAAAAAUAAAUAUGGUGAGAGUGAUUCGUGCAACAUUUCUAGAGAAUCUGUUAUUACCAAUUCCAGUGCUAUUAUUAAUAAGGAAAUAAAUUUGAUUGAUUCAUCGAAGCUUCAUAUUUGCAAGUCCCCUGAAACAUGUGUCAAGAUAUUUUGUUCUUGUCUUGGGGAAAAUUUUGAGCAGCAGCCUACACAUUGCUCAUGCAGGGAUGUCUGCUCGAAAGCUUUCCCUAACAGAUCUGAAAAAGAUGGUAAUAGUAAGCCAGGUGGAGAUGACUCUGGCCUUUGUCUCGAUCUGAGCUUCACAGGAAUGCACACUGCACCACAUCAGGUUAAAUCCUCAAAUUCCUCUGUGUAUGCUCAAAGAGAAUCCAGUCCUGCCAAUGCCCACGAGAGUCGAUCAUCGGGCUACCAUGUGAAUAUAUCUCGGCGGAAGACUGAAAAAUCCAGCUCAAUUGAGGAUUCCGAGAUAUGUUCUGAAAGCAAUACAUCAAAAUUACGAAAGAUCAAACUAUCGGGUUUAUCCAAAAGGGGCAGAAUAGAAUCAAUUUUACGUAGAACUAAUAGAUUUUAUUCUACCUUUAAUGAUUUUGAUGGGGAUAAAGAUAGCCUAAUAACAAAUAUUUGUGAGAAAAGAGGUCGGAUUAUAGUCGCUGGCGACGACAAAGAACACAAUCAAAAUGUACACUUGCCUGAUGAUAUUUCUGGUCGCAACCAUGGAAGAACUGUAGCUCAGUGCAAGGGAAACUAUGAGAGCAUUAGUGGCAUGGGCUGUGAGGGAAGAGAUGUAACUCUAAGUGCAGUUAGAAAGAAUGGUGAUCAGCAGGAUCACCAACGAUUAGUGCCUAAUGCUCAAGAAAGGACAGUAGCCCGAGCAAAGUGGAAAGGUAAUGACACUGAUCAUUCUCUGAAUGAAGAAAGGCAACUGCAGCCUGAUGGGUCUUUUGAAGGAGGUCAAUUUCUAAAGCCAAGAUUAUCUAUUACAUGUGAAGAUAAGGAUCAGUCUACAAGUAUAAAAUUGGAAGAUUUCAAUGGAUCCUCAUCAGACGAUCCUCAUAAAAAAUUGUCUCUUGGGAAUGGGAUUGUCAGCAUGUCGGUAAAGAAACCAGUACCCUCGGUCAAGGUGAAGGAAAUUUCUCACUUACGGAGGAUCAGUCAGGCGGUACCGCCUCGUCCCAUGUGUCCUCUUGUGGAAAAAUCGACAAAGUUUUUUUCAUCUCCCACAGUCAGUGUGUCUUACAAGUCUUAUGUACCUGCUGAGGGCAGCAUUGAGGAAAGGACUUGCGAAUAGAAAUCUUUUUGGAAAGCAUCUCUUGGCGUGUGUCGAGAGCCGAUGAAAGUUUGCCAGUUAUUUUCAAGAGGCACUUCAUUAAUUGGAGAUGGAUAUAUAAACUGAUGCAAUAAAUAUUGUAUAUAAUUUAUCAUUAUUCAUUAUAAUGACCCAAGUGCAUUAAUAAGUAUGGGAAUAAUAAUACCUGUCAUAUGUGCCCCUUGGCUGAUACUGGCAUCACCAUUACUCGACUUAAUGUCAUUAAAAUGUUUGCAUUUCUUAUCUGAUUACUUUUGAUUAACCAGUCAUCAUUUCUCAUUUCUUAGGUCAAGUAGCAGAUUCAUUGAUGUAAAUUAUUAGAUAACUAAUAUGAUAUAAAACAUACACCUCUUAGUUGGCGCCCUUCAAGUUGGGAAUGCACUCCCCAUACCAAAAUUGGGAAAUGUACUCGCCAAAAGGAGGAGGACCUCCCAUGGCAAAAGAAGUACAUUACAGAUAUUAGGAUCUCCAGUUCAAUUUUAAUGCUUCAUUAUCUACGAGUAAUGAGUAUGUUACUUUGCAAUCAUUACGAGUAAUGAGUAUGUUACUUUGCAAUCAUUACGAGUAAUGAGUAUAUUACUUUGCAAUCAUUGCAAGUUUUUCUUUAGAGUUCACUUGUUAAUACUUACAUCUUCCAUAUCUCUUCUGCUCUCGCACUCCCUUUUCAUAUUCAUUACUGCUAAGUUUCAUCACUUGUAUCAUCCGUCAUGGUCACUUCCUCCUUUACUAUUAUACCGCUUAAAUUUCAUGGCAUUCAUUUUCUCCUUAAUCAUGCCAUGGGCUUCAUGGCAUUCAUAUGAUACUUUUUCAAAUUCUAGGUAGGUCUUGCAGCUCCAUCUCUCGACAAUUCCUUAAAGCCAUCACUCUGCUUAUCCAUCAUUACUCAGCAUUUCACAUGUGGAAUUCAGAUUUAUAUUAAGGUAUGGGCAUUGUUGAUUUUGAGUUUCACUAUUUUUGUAAUUAUAUUUUAUGUUUUGUAUAUACAGUACUGUACAUAUAUAUUGUAGUUGUUAAAACUUUUUGUGAUUUCCUAAUAUGCAGGAUAUAUUUUUAUAGAACCAUAGUAGUAAUUUAGAACUUGAAAACUAGACGACUUCCCCGUUCAAUACUACAGUACGUAAACUUUCGUGAUGGAUUUGUUUACGUAAACUUUCAUGGCAGAUUUGUUUUGACUCUGUAGUAUCAGAUAGGAAUAUUUUUAUGUUUUGGUGUACAGAGAAAUAAAUACUGCUAGAUCUUGGAGUAACAUUUGUUAAGGUGCUAAAUGCGUAGUGCAAUAUAUGAUGUUAGCUCUAGUGUUUGAGGAAUGAGUGACAGUACUCUUGACACAACAUUUACUUUUUUAUUCAGGAAGUUUGCUGCUCAAAAAUUGUUCAUGGCUUUUAAAAACUUCCAAAUGAAGAAAAUAUGUUUUUGCUUGAGAUAUCUAUUUAACGGAAGACUUGUCUAAUGCCGACUGAAGCACACUUUUUGACAUGUGAACUGUGUGGCUUGCCCGUAUUGUCUGUCUUGGCCUGAUUGUCAUUGUGUAUUGAUCCUGCAAUUGGCAUUUAUGCAGGAUCCCUCGCAGAUAUUUUCUCUGAACACCUAUUUAUCCUACGUGAUCUCGUGAUGUAAAAUGUAUGCACCGUGACUACUACUUACAACAAAACACUGCUAACAAAAUUUUGUCUUCAAAUGUACCAAUUCACAUAAGAGCUGUAAAUUAACUUUGUGUGUGUAAUUACCUAAGUGUAGUUACAGGAUGAAAGCUAUGUUCGUGGUGUCCCACGGGACACACACACCAAUGUGUGUGUGUAAUAUAUAUAUCCACUUCGUAAACUUUUCUGAUGCAUUGAAUGCAUUCAAAGGAGCAGGUAACCAAAUUUAUAACACUCGACAAAUCUCACAAUUUUCAUAUGCAGCUCUCAAAGGUAUAGAAAGAGUGAGUGCUACAAAUUAUGUAUUUUUUUUAUCCUGUACUUCAAAAGUACAGCAUAUUUUUACUUGUGUAUUAUGAAACUUGUCAUGUAACUAAAAUCCAAAAUCUAGAAAUGCCCCAAAAAUACAAAGUAUUAAAAAUAUUCUAUUCUAUUAAUAUUCAUAAAAUACCAUUAAUUCUGAAACAAUUUUUUUCACUCAUUUUAAAAAGUAAUGUUCCUUCAUCAAAUUACUUUCCAUGUAUACUUGUAAUUGUUUUGCUUGGCGAGUACAAAAUAAUAAGCCAAUGGUUUUUAACUCUCUCCAUCUCUAUGUAAUGUUGAAAAUUAAUAGUCAAGUAUAUAUUAUUGGGCUGUCAAUGACCAAUUAAACCCUCAGCCAUAAGUUUGGCUAGAAUGGGGAAUAAGAGUAGUGUGUAAAUACUCAAUGAGCCUAGUGUCCAAUAAUGUUUGAUUUUAGAUACUUGACUGUACUGGAAGACUUGCCUUUUACUGUAUUUGCUGACAAAGCUAAACGUGUACAAAAGGCAGUGAAACAGUAUUGGGUUUAUAAUAUAUUUUGGCAUACAAUAAGAGAAUAUAGGUAGCAGAUACAGUGGAAUGGAGCGGUGAGUAAAUGGUUUAAUCUGUAAGAAUAUCUGAUGCAGUGAAACGAGUGUAGGAGUUCAUACUUGUGCUGUGUCCACGUCGUUUAAAUUUAUUUUGCCACCGUCGUGCACCAACUUUCCUCACCAUGCUAUAACUAUACUGUGUUUAUAUUGGGAACUAUUGCAAGUAUGCACUUUAGUUCAGAAAUGACUUUUGAAAAAGAAUAAAAUAAUUUUAAAGGAAGGGAAUAAAAAAAUUAUGUAACCAAGCACAGCAUAGGCUUUAGGUUUCGAUUCCUUCCUUUCCCCUCCUCCCCUCCUUUAAACUCCUUUCUAAACACCACUACCCCUACCACUAAAAUCUCUCUUUUUGCAGACUGAUGUUUACUCUCUUGUUGGUAAAAAUGCUUCACAUUGCCUCAACCCAUGUCCACAAA